CUCACAAAGCGCUGCAGACCCUCCAGAGCAGCAGCUAGUCAGCUAGCUAGGAGAGGAAAUGAAGAGGAGGUUACAUAAGAAAUACUUGGUUCUGAUCCUGGCAUACUCGGGUUUGCUGCUGCUAAUCCCGUACGUGUUGGAUUACCGGGACAAAUCCGUGCAGCGCGCUAAACACGGACUGCAGCAACAACAGCCAAAAUGCCCAGAUUUGGAGAACACCGUGGCGCUGCUGUGGGAUAAUAACGGUUACCGAGUUAACGGCAGCGAGGAGCACGCCGUCAACCGGAGCCAGCCUCGGAUAAACAUCUACUUGCAUGCCACCUGGAGGACCGGCUCCUCGUUCCUCGGGGAGUUGUUCAACCAGCACCCGGACGCGUUCUACCUGUACGAGCCGAUGUGGCACAUAUGGCAGGCUCUGUACCCGGGGGAUGCGGGCAGCCUGCAGGGCGCGGUGCGGGACAUGAUGAACGCGCUGUACCGCUGCGACUUCUCCGUGCUCAAGCUGUACGCCGGCUCGCAGAACAUCACCACGUCCUUCAUCUUCGGCUGGAAGAUGAACAAGGUGAUCUGCUCGGAGCCGCUGUGCGACGCGCACAAGCGGCACGAGAUCGGGCUGGUGAGGGAGGACCGGUGCGCAAAGUGCCCAAAGCGGGACAUCAGGGACCUGGAGAGGGAGUGUAAGAAGUACCCGGUGAUGGUGAUCAAAGGGGUGCGCGUGUUGGACCUGAGUACGCUGGUGCCUCUGAUGAGAGACCCGGCGAUAAACCUCCAGAUCGUCCAGCUCUUCAGGGACCCGAGGUCCGUGCACAACUCCCGCCUGAAGUCCAAGCAGGCCCUGGUGAAGGAGAGCAUCCAGGUGCUGCGGAGCAAGAAGCAGACCGACAAGUACAAGCGGCUCCUCGUGCCGAGCAACCGGGUGAACCGGGUCGAGAGCUACGUCUCCAGCGCCAUGGAGCUCAUCUGCGACAACUGGCUCGGGGACAUGAUGCUGGUGGCGAACGCGCCCCCCUGGGUGAGGAGGAACUACCUGCGCGUACGCUACGAGAACCUGGUGCUGCACCCGCUGGAGGAGCUCCAGCGGCUGCUCCGCUUCGCCAACCUCUCCAGCUCACCGGCUCUGGAGAAGUUUGCGCUGAACAUGACGCACGGCCAGGGCUACUCCUCGGACAGGCCGUUCCAGAUCUCCUCCAGGGACGCCAAAGAGGCGAUAUACGCCUGGAGGGAGAGGCUCAGCGUGGAGCAGAUACAUCAGGUGGAGGCCUACUGCAGCGAGGUCAUGAGGCAGCUCGGCUAUGAGAGGAGCGGUGGGGCCAAAACACCAUGAGGACGAGCCGAGGGGCCCGGUACUUCUACGCUGUGGGUGAAAGGUGGGACAAGAAAACGAGCAGCUGGAAUGUGGUCCGCUGGGAGCUCGGGAGCUCUCGGCUGCUUUUCCUUCAGCCGAGGAGCGUCGGUGAACUGGAGGAAACCCAAGAGGAUGAGAGCAGCCAAUCACAGACAGAUGAAUUUAAAAACGGGGGACGAGAUAGUGGCUUAUGUUUGUACAGUGUGUUUAAUACCAGCGGGGGAAACCAAAACACAGAGACAAGGCCGGAUUGUGGCCGGUCUCCAUCCUUCUGUCCUUCUUUAGUAGCACUAAUCCCUCCUCACAUCCCCUGCCGGCGAGUGCCAACAAGAAGCCCGAGAUGGGUGAUUUUUAGGGAGGUCGACUUCCCGGAUCCAGGGCGGCUCGCUCAUCCGUCCAGCGUACGACUAGCAGUCGAC